GGGAAUAUUCCUCCCGUGAGUGGGACAGACGGGUGGAUGAAAUACCGCCCUUCUGCCACCAGCAUCUCUCGGGCGGCGGAGGCAGUAUCCUCGAGCAGCAGCAGCAGCAGCAGCAGCAGCAGCAGCAGCAGCAGCAGCAGCAGCAGCAGCAGCAGCAGCAGCAGCUUCACUUGCACUUAGACAGCCUGGAUCCUCGUGCCCUGCCCCUUGGGCCUCGCGCGGCAAGCGCCCCUCGUUAGCCUCUGCGGACUGAGUGGAAAAGGAAGGGGGCAGGAGGAAGAGGAAGACAACAAGGACACAGAACGCAGUACUGGGCUGCCCUAUCUCUACAGAGAGUGUGGAAGGGGACUGUGGUGAAUUAUGGGGGGCUGUGAAGCUCGGCGUUUUCUUUUGCAAUUUGGCCUGUUCUUCCCUCUGUUGACAGCUUGGCCAGCCUACUGCAGUCAGGUCUCCAACAACCAAGUUAUCUUGCUUGAUACCACAACUGUACUUGGAGAGCUAGGAUGGAAAACAUAUCCAUUAAAUGGGUGGGAUGCCAUCACUGAAAUGGAUGAACAUAAUCGACCCAUUCACACUUACCAGGUAUGCAAUGUAAUGGAACCAAACCAAAACAACUGGCUUCGUACAAACUGGAUUUCCCGAGAUGCAGCCCAGAAAAUCUAUGUGGAAAUGAAGUUUACUCUGAGAGAUUGCAACAGUAUUCCCGGGGUUUUGGGAACUUGUAAAGAAACUUUUAAUCUCUUCUACAUGGAAUCUGAUGAGUCCCAUGGAGUUAAAUUCAGGCCAAGCCAAUAUACUAAAAUUGAUACUAUUGCUGCUGAUGAGAGUUUUACCCAGAUGGAUUUGGGUGACCGCAUCCUUAAGCUCAACACUGAAGUUCGUGAGGUGGGACCAAUAAACAGGAAAGGAUUUUUUCUUGCUUUUCAGGACAUUGGAGCAUGCAUUGCUCUGGUUUCUGUCCAUGUUUUCUACAAAAAGUGCCCUUUCACUGUCCGUAACCUGGCUAUGUUUCCUGAUACUAUUCCAAGGGUUGAUUCUUCCUCUUUGGUGGAAGUUCGGGGUUCCUGUGUUAAGAGUGCUGAAGAGCGGGAUACUCCAAAGUUAUAUUGUGGAACUGAUGGAGAUUGGCUAGUUCCUCUGGGACAUUGUAUCUGCAGUGUAGGAUAUGAGGAAAUAGAUGGUUCCUGCCAUGCUUGCAGACCAGGAUUCUAUAAAGCGUUUGCUGGGAACAUAAAGUGUGCUAAGUGCCCUCCACACAGUUUAACAUAUAUGGAAGCAAAAUCUGUCUGCCAGUGUGAAAAGGGUUACUUCCGAGCUGAAAAAGACCCACCUUCUAUGGCAUGUACCAGACCACCUUCAGCUCCAAGGAAUGUGAUUUUUAACAUUAAUGAAACAGCUCUUAUUUUGGAGUGGAGUCCACCAAGUGACACAGGAGGAAGGAAGGACCUCACAUAUAAUGUUAUCUGUAAAAAAUGUGGAUUAGAUGCAAAUCAGUGUGAGGUCUGUGGAGGAGGAAUCCACUUCAUUCCGGGACAUACUGGUCUUACCAAUUCUUCUGUGACUGUGGUUGACUUUGUGUCUCAUGUGAAUUACACCUUUGAAAUAGAAGCCAUGAAUGGUGUUUCUGAGUUGAGUUUUUCUCCAAAGCCAUUCACAGCUAUCACAGUGAUGACAGAUCAAGAUGCACCAUCCUUGAUAGGUAAUGUAAGGAAGGACUGGGCAUCCCAAAAUAGCAUUGCCCUCUCAUGGCAAGCACCUGAGUUUUCCAAUGGAGCUAUUCUGGACUACGAGAUCAAGCACUAUGAGAAAGAGCAUGAACAGCUCAGCUAUUCUUCUACAAGAUCCAAGGCCCCCAGUGUUAUCAUCACAGGUCUCAAGCCAGCCACAAAAUACAUAUUUCACAUCCGAGUGAGGACUGCAUCAGGAUACAGUGGUUACAGCCAGAAGUUUGAAUUUGAAACAGGAGAUGAAACUUCUGACAUAGCAGCAGAGCAGGGGCAGAUUCUGGUAAUAGCCACUGCAGCAGUGGGCGGAUUCACUCUUCUGGUCAUCCUCACCUUGUUCUUUUUAAUCACUGGAAGGUGCCAGUGGUACAUAAAGGCCAAAAUGAAGUCUGAAGAGAAAAGAAGAAAUCACCUACAAAAUGGACACUGUAAUUUCCCAGGAAUCAAAACCUACAUUGAUCCAGAUACAUAUGAAGAUCCAUCCCUAGCUGUGCAUGAAUUUGCAAAGGAAAUAGAUCCUUCAAGGAUUCGCAUUGAGAGAGUUAUUGGGGCAGGUGAAUUUGGAGAAGUUUGCAGUGGCCGUUUGAAAACACCAGGAAAAAGAGAGAUCCCAGUUGCUAUCAAAACUUUGAAAGGUGGUCACAUGGACAGGCAAAGAAGGGAUUUUCUAAGAGAAGCUAGUAUCAUGGGACAAUUUGACCAUCCAAACAUCAUUCACCUGGAAGGUGUUGUCACAAAAAGAUCCUUCCCAUCCAUUGGGGUGGAGGCAUUAUGUCCCAGCUUCUUGAGGACAGGCUUCUUAAAUAACAUCCCAGCUACGCAUCCAGUUUCAGGAGGAGGUUCCUUCCCCUCCAGGAUUCCUACUGGCAGGCCAGUAAUGAUUGUGGUUGAAUACAUGGAGAAUGGAUCCCUGGACUCCUUUCUACGGAAACAUGAUGGCCACUUCACAGUUAUUCAGUUGGUUGGUAUGCUUCGAGGGAUUGCAUCUGGUAUGAAGUACCUUUCUGAUAUGGGUUAUGUACAUCGAGAUCUUGCGGCUCGAAAUAUACUAGUCAACAGCAACUUAGUUUGCAAAGUAUCUGAUUUUGGUCUCUCUCGAGUACUAGAAGAUGACCCAGAAGCUGCUUACACAACAACCGGUGGAAAAAUCCCCAUAAGAUGGACAGCCCCAGAAGCUAUUGCCUACAGGAAGUUUUCAUCAGCUAGUGACGCAUGGAGCUAUGGCAUUGUCAUGUGGGAAGUGAUGUCCUAUGGAGAAAGACCUUACUGGGAAAUGUCCAACCAAGAUGUAAUUCUGUCCAUUGAGGAAGGCUACAGACUUCCGGCUCCAAUGGGCUGCCCAGCAUCUCUCCAUCAGCUGAUGCUCCACUGCUGGCAGAAAGAGAGAAGUCAUCGACCGAAAUUUACUGAUAUUGUCAGCUUCCUAGACAAACUGAUCCGAAAUCCUGGUACCCUUCAUACUCUGGUGGAGGACAUACUUGUAAUGCCAGAGUCACCUGGUGAAGCCCCAGAAUAUCCUUUGAUUGUUUCAGUCAGCGAUUGGCUGGAUUCAAUUAAAAUGGGCCAAUAUAAGAAUAAUUUUAUGGCAGCAGGGUUUACGACUUUGGAUUUGAUUUCAAGAAUGAGCAUUGAUGAUAUUAGAAGAAUUGGGGUCGUACUCAUUGGACACCAGAGACGAAUAGUGAGCAGCAUACAGACUUUACGUUUACACAUGAUGCACAUACAGGAGAAGGGAUUUCAUGUAUGAAAGUACUAUACAAACAACUGUGUUUUGUGCCUCAGCAUUUCUAAAAUGGAAGAUAUUCCCUCUCCUUUCUCCCUUCUGAUUCCCCUGACUUCACAAACUACAGUCUUGUGUUCAGAGUAUGAACACAUUUAUGGUUAUGUUUCUGACUUGGGUUUUUAAUCAUAUUGCAUAGUUCUUCCUUCAAUUACUUGCUAAUAUACUGG